GAUAACUGCUUUCCGGUCCCAGCCACUCACCUUUGACGUCUUCAUAAACCAUCGUGGGAUGGACACGAAGCGCAACGUGGCUGCCUUGCUUUACGAUCUUUUCCUCCACUUAAAGCUUCAUCCCUUCUUGGACUACAAGAGCAUGAAGCCAGGUGACGAGCUGGAAGAGGUCAUUGAAACUGCAGUGAAGGACUGUAAGGUUGGGGUUGCCAUUUUCUCUCCAAAUUACUGUAAUUCUAAAAACUGUCUCCAUGAAUUGGCACUUAUGAUGGAAUGGGAAAAGAAGGUCAUUCCCAUAUUCUAUGAUGUUGACACCUCUGAUCUUGUGCUUGUGAACGAAGGAAGAACCUAUCCGGCCAAGCAGCUGCAUAGGUUUAGAUUGGCACUUGAGCAGGCCAAGGGAAGGGUGGGCAUCUGCUUUGAUUCGUCCAAAGGGGAUUGGUCCGAUCUGCUAAAAAGAGUGUCGGACAGCGUUGUGGAAAUCUUGAUGGAAUUACAAGUAGAAAAAUAA